AUGAUCCCUUCUACAACCCGCCUGUUACUGAGCUCAGCGAGGAAGCUCUGUGGGGCCGUGAAGAUGAGGUCUUUACACACCAGGAACACAGAGGAAGCGGCUGUGUACGUACAUGUAAGUACCGUGCCUUUGCACUAUUACUACGCAUGCCUUUUGGUUUGUGUUCUAUGUGAACAUUCUGAGUUCUAGAGUUUUAAUAGUCAUGAACUCAGCAGGUAGAGGUUGCUGAGUAUGAGCCUGUAGCGUGCUUGUUCUUCGGGAACGCGCACGUCCACUGUUACAGGAAGCAGGCAGAUUGAGGUCCUAGCAGGGCGAUAAAUUAAAUGUUUAUCUGUACAGAGUUUUGUUAAAAAAAAAAAAACAAACAACCCUCCCCACCCCAACGAGAACAAGAGAUCCCUUAAUUUAUUCCCCAAGUUAUUAAACUGGAUGAGAUUAAGAUAGCAGGUGAUCAGCCUCUUCUGCUACUCUUUCCAAUUUUCUUAUCAUUUGCUCCUAAAACAUUUUCAUUACUAAUUGAUGCAAUAUAAUUGAUUAAAAAAUGUGUUUUUAUUCACUGGUACUUCACAGGAAAUAUAAUUUACCAACCCCUGGUAUGAAACCGUGUCAGGGUUGUUUAUUAAAGUGAUUCAAAGUACAUUUAACCCCUUCAGGACCGGACUGUUUUUGCGAUGUUUGUACGUUAAGGACCAGGGCUAUUUUAACACCUUUGUGGUGUUUGUGUUUAGCUGUAAUUAUCCGCUCUCUCAUUUACUGUUCCGAUACAAAUUAUAUAUUGUUUUUUUCAGGACAAAAAGCGCUUUCUUUACAUACUAUUAUUUUUAUCAUGUCCUAUAAUUUAAUUAAAAAAUAAUAAUAAAAUAUGGUUAAAAAUAAAAAAAAAACAUGUUUUUUGACUUCUGCUUAAAACUUCUUUUACUGUUCUAAAAAAAUCGAAUGAAACAAACUGCUAAAUAGAUUAAAAAUUUUGUCCUGAGUUUAAUAACUUGCUUUUAUUUGCAAGUUAUAGGGCUAUAAGUACAAGUAGGAAAUUGCUGUUUCAAAAUAGUUCAAUAGUGACAUUGUAACACUGUUAUGUCAUAAAUCUCCAAAAAACACCCCACAUGUAUAUAUUUUUCUUACACUACAUAGAUACUUUCUAUGCAGCCAUUUUACCACAAACCUUUGCCAAACUUUGCAUAGGUAGUUUAUUUUUAUUUUUUUCACAUACAUUGCAAUUCAGGUAUAGAUUCACAGAUUUUGUUAGGUGUCACUGCCAAACAACACCCCAAUAUGUGUUCAGCAACAUCUCCUGAGUACAGGGAUACCCCCAUGUAUAGGUGUGUCGGGUUGUUUGGGGGCUAAAAGGCCACAUUUGGCAGGUGCGCAUAUCAGUUUCCCAGCUUGGAAUUUUGACAUGUAGUCAACCUGCAUGCAUGUUCUAUUUGAGACAUUUUUGAAGCCGGCCAAUGUAUUUUACCCCCAUCAAACCAUAUAUUUUUGAAAAGUAGACACCCUAGGGUAUUUCACAUGGUGGUAUUUUACCAGUGGCGGCUCUAGACUUUGUGAGGCCUUAGGCGAAACUCAAACAUGAGGCCCCCACUAACACCUAAAGUUAAAAAUAGGGGUUGCAUUGUGUGUAUAAGGUGCUGUUGUUGUAUUUAAGGACAAGCUUGCAGCGCUGGAUACAGAGAGCUAGUCUCUGUAUUCAUCGUUUAGAGGCUUGCAGUGUUGUGGCUCCCUGUGCCGCCGCAUUAUGAUCUCUCUGACUGUAAUUAUGGCAUAAUAUGCAAACUAACUUAAUUUGCAAUAAACAAAUUUAAUUAGCAAUUAUGCCAAUCGUUUAUACAUGACUGAGGGGUAUGGUUACAUAGCCUUGCGGUCGUAUAUACAUAAGUGGCGGUAUAUGUAUAUAUGACUGUAUCUGACAUUGUCUACCUAUGUGUGACAGGGUUUGGGGUGAGUGUUGCACAGUUGGAGUACAGGAUUGUAAGGGUUUAUGUAAUAGGGUGAAGGGGGUGGGACAGACUGAUAGAGGAUGAGUGACAAGGUGAGUGUGACAGUGCAAGAGAAGGUGAGUCUAACAGGGUUGAUGGGGGGGGUUAAUGCAAUAGGGUAGGUGUGGCAAAGCAAGGAGUUUGGUAUGGUUGCAGUGGGUGAGAGUGACAGGAUUGGGAGGGGUUUUGUAAGUUUGGCUGGGUUUAGGGGGCGACUGUGUUUGGGGUCUGAAAGUGUUUGGGAAUGGUGAUAGUGUAUGUGAAGGGGGUGUCAGUGUGUGUGGUAAUGAUAGGAUAUGGGUGGGGAACGAUAAGGUGUGCGGUGGAAGGCUGUGACAGCGUGUGUGUGUGGGAAGGCUGUGAUUGGAUGGGUGUGGGGUGACAGGGUAGGGGAGCUGUGAGAGGGUGGGGUGCGGUAGGGGGCUUUGACAGGGUAGGAGGUGGUGGGGGACUGUGACAGGGUAGGAGGUGGUGGGAGACUGACAGGACAAGGGGUAGUGGGGGGAUGGAGCAGAGGGUGGUGGGGCAAGUGGUGGUAGGGGGGCUGUAACAGGGUAGUGGGGUGGUAGGAGGGAAGAGGGUGGCUGGGGCAGAGGGUGGUAGGAUUCCCCUGGGGCAGGGGCUAUGACAGGGCAGGUGGUAGCUGUGGUAGGGGGGCUGUGACAGGGCACGGGGUGGCAGGAGGGCAGUGACAGGGUAGUAGGGAGCAGAAGGUGGUAGGGUGGCUGUGACAGGGCAGGGGAUGGUAGGGGGCAGAGGGUGGCAGGAGUACAGUGACAGGGUAGUGGGGUGGUAGGAGGGCAGAGGGUGGUAGGAGGACAGUGACAGGGUAGUGGGGUGGUAGGAGGGCAGAGAGUGGCUGGGGCAGCAGUGGUAGGGUGGCUUGGGCAGGGGGUGGUAGGAGGGCAGUGACAGGGUACGGGUAGUAGGGUGGCUGUGACAGGGCAGGGCAUGGUAGGGGGCAUAGGAUGGUAGGAGGGUAGGUGGCUGGGGCAGGGGGUGGUAAGAGGGCAGAGGGUGGCUGGGCCAGGGGGUGGUAGGAGAGCAGAGGGUGGCUGGGGCGGUUGGGGGGCUAUGACAGGGCAGGGGGUGGUAGGAGGACAGUGACAAGAUAGUAGGAGGGCAGAGAGGGUGGCUGGGGCAGAUGGUGUGGUAGGCUGGCUGGGGCAGAGGGUGGCUGGGGCAGUGGUGUGGUGGCUGGGGCAGUGGUGGUAGGUUGGGGCAGAGGGUGGCUGGGGCAGAGGGUGGUGGGGUUGCUGGGGCAGUGGGAGGGUGGCUGGGGCAGUGGUGGUGGGGUGGCUGGGGCAGAGGGUGGUAGGAGGGCAGGGUGGGGAGCAGAGGCAUAAAUACCUUGUGAUUAAUGUAUUCCCUGGUGGUCCGGUGGGCUCCCUUUACGGUCUGCAGCUCCGCCGUGUGCAGAGCUGCAGACCACGUGGUAAGUUUAGUCUCGCGAUCUCAGCCAUUCAGAGCGUUGCCAUGGUAACCCGCGGCAACGCUCUGAUUGGGUGAGAUCGAGAGACCCCCUCAGUCUGCAGCUCUGCGCUCAGCAGAGCUGUAGACAGGCUGACUCUCUCCCGGGCAGGCAUAGGAGGGGCCUCGCUCCUGUGUCGGUUCCUCUGACCAAGGACCCGAUCUGUCACACUGCCCUAAGGCGAUUUAGGCGGCAGCGAGGCCCCCCAUCAGCGCGAGGCCUUAGGCGGCCGCCUAAAUCGCCUAAUUAGAGAGUCGCCUCUGAUUUUAACACUUUUCAUGCACUAAUUCUACCACCAGGCUUUGUCAAAAAAAUUUCAGUUUUUUCACACACAUUGUACUUUAGGCAUGAAUGAACAGAUCCUGUUAUGUAUCACUGCCAAACACCCCAAUAUGUGUUCAGCAACAUCUCCCGAGUACAGAGAUACCCCCCCAUGUAUAGGGUUGCUGGGUUGUUUGGGGGCCAAAAGGCAACAAUCAGAACUUGUACAUGUCAGUUUUUCAACUUAAUAUAUAGGUAUGCUUGGUCUAUCCUCAGUUUGACAUAUUUUUGCAUCCCCCCAGUUAAUGUUACCAUCAUGAAAGAAUAUAUAGUAUAUAUUUUUAUAAAGUAGACAUCAAAGGUUAUAGAAGAUGGGGUGUUUUGACUUCUUUCCCCCAACCAUUUUGCCCCCCAAAAAAACAGAGAAAGUGUAGUGGUAAUUUUUAAAUUCUGUUUUUUAUGCACACGUCAUCUGGUUUUGGCCAGCUGGUUAUGUGUUACUGCCAGAAAACUUGUUAGACCAAAUGUGCAGGUAGCAAAUGUACAUUUAGCAGCAAUCUUUAAACUGACUCCUGCAAAUAGAAUCUAACUGGAGAUUUGGGGGAAGGAAACUGACUAACAAAAAAUGGCUGCUUUCCAAAGAAACAAAAAAUAAAAUAAAAAUUCAGGAACACUUCUUACAACUGUUCUGUGUGGUACAGCUUGAAACAUGUUCCUACACACAGUCCUGGUUUCGAAGGGCAAUCAGGACAGUAAAAAGGGGUGUCCGUCCUUUUCCCGUUUUUAAAACAGACCCGGCAAUGUUUCUGGCAAUUGGCGGUAACUUAAAAAUAAAAUGCCUGGACUCAGCUUGCACCGUUGUUGGAACUUGUCCAUCUCCAUAAAUUGUUAAAGAAAUUAUUUUCAACUGAAAUUGGAGAGGUGGUUUUCCCUGGAUUAUUUUUUUUAAAAAGCAAAAAUGAGUUGUGGGUUGCUAUUUGCAUGAGAUAGAUAGCCACCUUUUUAUACCAUGUUUUGUUUUUCGUAAAAUAAGAUAUGGCUGCAUCAGAUGAUCAGCCAAAUCAACACCCCCCAUGUACUUAUUAUACGCCCUGAUGCAAACCGGUUUGGACUCUACUCUGCCCUGGACAGAGAUGUCUGACAUGCGUUCGUCAUGGAUGGUUGUUAGCAUGUUGACAUCCUUCCUGUCCCUAAAUUUUAGUGCAAGCACUUCAGCUUUGCGAAGUGCUUUACAUUCGCUUUUUUUUUAAAUUUUGCCUCUAUGAGAGAUCGUGGAAAGUCUUUGGAAUUUUUUCUGGCAGUGCCGCACGCCAGUGUCUGUAAACCAUAAAGUGUUUUAAACAGACGGACACUACUAUAACAAUUAUCCACAUAAAGGUGGUAACCUUUAUUAAACAAGGGGUUUAGCAAGUCCCAUACAAGUUUCCCACUUGUCCCCAGGGAGUCAGGACAGCCAGGAGGGUCCAGUUGACCAUCUUUCCCCUCAUAUACACGAAAGGCAAACGUGUAUCCACUUUCGCUCUCGCACAGUUUAUACAGUUUUAUGCCAUGCCUAGAGCGCUUUGAGGGGAUGUAUUGUCUGAACCCUAAUCUCCCUUUGUAUUUCAUUAGCGAUUCGUCUAUGGAUACAUUUUGUUGGGGGUAUAAACAUCCGAAAAUUUGUCCUGAAAAUGGUCUAGCAGUGGGCGUAUUUUAUGAAGCCUAUCAUAUUGGGGGUGAUCUCUAGGGUGACAGAGGGUAUUGUCACUGAAAUGUAAAAAUCUCUGCAGUAACUCGUAUCUGGCUCUAGGCAUUGUUUGGGAGAAUACUGGACUAGACAUUAUUGGGUUGGUGCUCCAGUAUAAGUGAAUCGAUGGCUUCUUCAUAAUCCCCAUGAGCAUUGUAAGAACCCAGAAUUUUUUAAGCUCUGGGACAUCUGUGGGAUGCCAGUCAUGCUCCCUGACUGUAUAGCUACCUGGAUUGUUAUCAAUAAAUUGGGUAGCAUACAAGUUAGUCUGGGAAGCAAUCUACUACCAGAUGGUAUCCCCUAAAAAUAGUUCUACAUACUGCAUUGGGGAGAAGCCAUCCACAUUAACAUUAAUGCGUGCGUUGGCACUAAAAGAGGGGACGUUGGGCUCGGCUAUCUGUGGGGGUACCCAGUCCUCCUCCACAUUCGGCGUAGCAGAGGAAGCACAGCUUCUUUCUUCAGCCCUACUCACACACAGAUGACUUGCCGUCUUGACUAGACGUGUCAGAAAACUGACCUGGGUCAAAAUCUGACGCAGUGUCAGUGGCGUCAGAGUUUGACGCCAAGAAGGCAUAUGCCUCCUGCAAGUUAUACAUACGCUGCAUGUUUUACACACGACUUAAACAAAUUACAAACACACAAUUUUUUUUAUACUUUAUUCUUUUUUAGUAAAAAAACAAACAAAAAAAAACAAAAAAAAAAAAACACAGCAAUCCCUAAACUAACUCCUGUCACAGAAAUCUAAUGGAGAUUUGGGGGAAGGAAACUGACUGACCAAGACAGACCAAGACACUGAUUUUUAAAACAAAUUUAACCCUUGAAGGGCAAUAAAAAAUACAGACAGUACAAAUACCCUGCUGUAACUGAUCUGGCAGGGAAGGGGUUAAAAUGUGAUUUUUGUUAAUAAAAUACUGAUACUUUCUGGUGGUCACUAAACACUGCUGCAACAAACUAUCACGAUCUCUGUCUCUCUCGCCUCACAAAACGCUACAGAGGAGAGAGGGGCAAAGAUCACUGUCAAAGUGAGUGUUUGUAACACCCACUUUGACAGCAGCCAAUUGUGAGCGAUCGCGGAUCGCUCACACGCCGCAAUUGGCUGUUACUAUCUGCCUGGGAUGUCUGGCAGAUAGUUACAGUGUUAUACCGGUGGGAGCGAUCUUUGAUCGCUUGCCGCAGCCCAUUUUUCGCUAUGACGGUUCAGGAUCGUCAGCGGUCCAAAUGCACGUUUUACCGCUGAUGGUCCUGAACCGUCAGCGGUCCUGAAGGGGUUAAAGGAUCACUAUAGUGUCAGGAAAACAAAGUGGUUUUCCUGACACUAUAGUGCCCUGAGGGUGCCCCCACCCUCAGGGUCCCCCUCCCGUGGCGCUGAAGGGGUUAAAACCCCUUCAGCCACUUACCUUUAUCCAGCGCCGGGCUCCCUCGGCGCUGGUGACCUCUCCUCCCCGCCGACGUCAGCACCCCGUCCGUCUUGGAUCAAACAUGCUGAUAGACAGCCUACCGGGCAGCCCCCCUACAUAUAGGACCGUGCAGAGAGCAUUGCCAAAAUGCUCCCUGCAUGUCCUAGUACCCGACUCACAGCAUGAGGACGUAUAGUGAUGGUUUUGCGCUGUGUUGACCGAGGGCAGAGUGGGACAGCCGGACACGACCCCGAAAUCGGGAAUGUCCAGCUGAAUGUGCUUUGUGUGCAUACCUCCCAACUUUUUAAAUGGGCAAAGACUGACCCUUUAAAGGACCACUAAAGUCACCCAGGCCACUUCAUUGAGAUGAAGUGGCCUGGGUGCUGUGAUCUUGCCAUUUUAACCACUUUAGGUUAAACACUGCCGUGUUGCAGAAACAGCAAUUUUUACCUAGAAAGGUGUAAACACACCUCCAGUGGCUGUUACACUGAAAGCUACUGGAGGCACUUCUGCUGCAACCACAGGUCAAACUUAGUCAUGUGACAUUGCAACCCCCAUAGCAAAACAUUGAUUCAAUGCAUUCCUAUGGGAAAGCUUGGAUACAUGUGCGGCGCAUACGAAUCAGGUCCCAAAUACCUUUUUAUAAAUAAUAUGAGGAGCAUUGUAUUGGAUAGUAGGCCAUGUCUCCUUGAUGACGUUGCAGGAAGCAGAGAGGAGAGCAGCUCUGAGUGAACCUCAGUGCUGGAAAAAGGUAAGUAAAAAGGUUUAUUUUAUUAUUUAUAUUGCACACACAGAGGCGGUGGGGGCCUUUUAUAAGGAGGGACAGGGACACUAAAGCAUUAGGAUAUAGGUCUGUAUUAAUACUGCUUUAGUGUUCCUUUAAAGGAACGCUAUAGUAUCAGGAAUACAAGAAUGUAUUCGUAGCGCUUUAGUGUUAUGUCAUCUAUUUAGGUGCAUUCUCCCCCACGUGGGUUUAAAAGGUAAGGCUUACUUCCCUUAUAUCACAUGGUAUGUUGGUGUCGUCGCAGCUGCCUUGCCUCCUUGCCUCCUUGGCUGAGAUCUUUAAUAUUGAUGAUCUCAGCCAAUGCAAUGCUUCCCCAUAGGGAGGGAUUGGUAGGCGAAUGCGCAUGCCUGCCAAAAUACCUCACUGAGCCAAUCAAAACCUCAAUAUGAGAAGUAUUUGAUUGUAUAACCGAGUUUAACUUUAUUAUUGAUUUCUUCAAAACUGCAAUGUUUUGCAUUGCAGGGUUAAAAUGACAGGUACACUGCUUUUAGACCACUUCAUUGAGGUGGUCUGGGUGUCUUUAGUGUCAUUUUAACUGUAGCGAUGUGAGGAGGUGGAUGAGACAAAGAGUGGUGCUAUUCUGAGAAAAUUCAUUACUGAGAAGUAACUCAACUGAAAUGUAAUUUAGAACAAAAAUCGUGUAUAUUAUUAGCAUAGACUGAGUUCUAAAUACAUUUAUUGCAGUUUAAAGGAUCACUAAAGUAACCUAGACCAAUUAAUCUAAAUUAAGUGGUCUGGGUGUCGGGAUCCUGUCAUGUGAUGUCAAUCCUGCUAUCAUGUAAAACACUGCAGUUUUGUAAGCACUGCAAGGUUUACAUAGUAGCAGGGUUAAAUUCACCUCUAAUGGCUGUCUUCCUGACACCCACUAGAGGGGGUUCCUCCUCUAGAACCAAGUGCAACUCUGUUUCAUUGUGGUUGAAGCAGUGUGGCAUUUGGCCACGCAUGCAUAUGAGAAGCAUUUUAAAAAUAUUUUUUUUAUUAUUUUUAUAAACCUGUGUUUUGUUUGCAAUUGUCUGAUAUCCAUGAGAGUAUUUUUAUGUUUUUUUUCUGAACAAAAGAAAAAAAUAAAUAAAAUUUUUACAGCCUUCUCUGCUCAUAUUAACCAAGGGUGUCAAUGUUAGUGUAGGGCACUGUAAAUUAAAAAUAAUCUAAAGGCAAACAAUAUGAUUCUAAACCAUUUCCCCUUAAUGAUUUUGUUUUUUGAUGCCUCCAAAACCCAUGAAUCAUAUAUGAAGGUUCUCCCCCCCACCCCCCAUUAACUGUCAAAAGGCCACUAUGAAGCUGUAAUCGAGUCCAAAUACUAGGAAUGCACUAAUGAGUUCUUGUAGCCAAGAUAAACAUCGGAAUUUUUAUUUGCAUAAACAGAGUCACUGCACCAUUUCUGUCCCAACAGUGGACCUUUAUUGAGCAAAGUUGGCUUUUGCUAACCUGAUGUAUUAUCAUGUCAUUUUCACAUGACCGGUAUUGCUAUCAUGUACCUUCCCACCAGAAUGAAAAUGCCUUAUUCUUCAUUUCUUCACAUAAAAAAUGUAAUAUGACCUAAGCAUCACAUUUAUAGUUUUUACAAAUACAUUAAAUAUCCCUUGUUGUGAUUAUUUGAUCAGACGCCGAGUUCCAAGGCUAUUGUGUUUUGAUGUGCGUUUGAUUUGUACCAUUAUUUUCUCCCUUAGUGGCCAUACUGUGAGAAACGCUGUACUUACUGCAACUUCAACAAGUACAUUCAACGUUCUGAUAAUGAGGAUGCCAUUCGAGCAUGUCUUUUAAAAGAAGCGUCUACAUUGAUACAACUCAGCCAGGUCAGAAGGUAAGCAUCCUCUCCAAAUGGCUAUUGUUGGGUAUCCUCUUCACUACCAAAAAUAUGUAUUGAUAAACUUUACUUCUAUUUUAUUUGCAAAACAAAGUUUAAUGCCUAAAGCCCCACUUACCAAUAUUUAUGUUCAUAGAAUGACUACCAGCAUUUAGAGGAACGACAUUCCCUGCCAGAAACCAAUUUAACCCAUUUAAUUGACACUAUAGUCACCCAAACAACUUUUAACUUAAUGAAGCAGUUUUGGUGUAUAGACUGUGCCCCUGCAGUCUCACUGCUCAAUUCUUUGCCAUUUAGGAGUUAAAUCACUUUGUUUAUACAGCCCUAGACACAUCUCCCUGCAUGUGACUUGCACAGCCUUCCUAAACACUUCCUGUAAAGAGUCAUCUAAUGUUUACACUUCCUUUAUUGCAGGUUAUGUUUAAUUUUGUAUUUCUUACCUCCUGCUCUGUUAAAGGACCACUAUAGUGCCAGCAAAACAUACUCGUUUUCCUGGCACUAUAGUGCCCUGAGGGUGCCCCCACCCUCAGUGUCCCCCUCCCGCCGGGCUCUAGGGGGUGGAAGGGGUUAAACUUACUUCUUUCUCCAGCGCUGGGCGGGGAGCUCUCCUCCUCCUCUCCUCCCUCUUUCUCAAUGCUUUCCUAUGGACGUCCAGCGUCUUCUCACUGUGAUUUUCACUGUGACCCCCUCACCCCACCCCCUCCAUGAAGUUAUAAAGGAAGUGUCAAAGAUAAUGCCAUUGCUGCAGGGAUUGCUAUAAAAUGUUUAAUUACUUUUAUUUUACAAAUAUAUGAACUGUACUUAUUGAUUAUUGGCAUUAUGCUUACAUGCAAACAUUCUUUUUCAUUUAUCCCAUUUCUCUCUCCAACUACAGUUCACAUAAUAAAUAUAACAUUACAUUAAUAUUUCAGAACUUGGGUGGAAUUAUUGCAAAAAAAAAAAAAAAGAAUUCAGAAUACUGUAUUGUGUACAUUUGUCAGCAUCCCCAGAACCAAGAUUGUAUAUAUUGCUUUCAUUUCUUUUACAUUUAGUAUUUCCUCUGUGUAUUUUGGAGGUGGUACACCCAACCUUGCCAGCCCUCAUACCAUUGGUGCCAUUUUAGAAGUGAUAUCACAAAAUGCUUUGCUGCAACAAGAUGCUGAAGUUACUCUGGAGGUUAACCCUGCAUCCAUUCAAAAUAGUAAACUGCACCUCUUCCGUGAAGUUGGGGUGAAUCGAGUGUCUGUUGGGGUACAGGUAAUAUUGUGUAUAUUCUCUUUAAAUGUAAACAUAUACAAAAAGCUAAAGUCCUCUAAAUUAUGCUAAUGAAAGAUUUUUUUAUUUUUUUUUGCCAGUAAAGAUGGACAAAAAUGCUGUGGGCAUAAACUGAACUAGUAGCGUUAUUGAAGAAAAGAGAUUUCUGGGAAAAAUAUAAUUAUUCUCCUAUUAAAGGGAUGCUAUAGUCACCAGAACAACUAUAUAUUAUUGUAUUUGUUCUGGUGAGUAUAAUCAUUCCCGUCAGGUUUUUGCAGUAAACACGGUUUAUUUCAGAGAAAAUGCAGUGUUUACAUUACAGCAUAGCGAUAACUCCACUGGCCACUCCUCAUAUGGCUGCUAGAGGUGCUUCCUGGGGCAGAACUGCACAGUGUGCCGCACUGACAUUGUGUCUCCACCCUUUGCAUGGAGAUACUGAAUUUUCCUCAUAGAGAUGCAUUUAUUCAAUGUAUCUCUAUGAGGAGAUUCUGAUUGGCCAUGGCUGUGUUUGGCUUGUGCUGGCUCUGCCCUUGAUCUGCCUCCUUGACAAGCUCAGCCAAUCCAAUGUGAAAGCAUUGUGAUUGGCUCAGAACACCACUUCUGAUGAUGUCAGCUAAACAGGCAGACCAGGGGCAAGCCCAAAUAAGGUGUUCCCAGCCAUGCAAGCUCAUUCUGAGCUGAGCCUCCAUGGAGCUCACAUUGAAUAUUUUUAUUGCAUUGUGGUUUUUAUUUUUCCUGUCCAAACACAAUUUUUAUAGUGAAUGCAAUAUACAAAAGAUUUGACGUGUAUAACAACAGCAUCCUGUCUGGUUUUGUUUUUUGUAAUAUUUUUAUUUCAGUUGCAAUGGUAUAGUUUGGAUUUUUAUUUUGCCCUUUUUUGGGGGCUGAAGAAAAGAAGAUGAAAAAAGAAAGAAAACCUCUAAUGGUAAGUAUGUUUUUUUUUUUGUUUUUUUAUAACAUAUAUUAUAACAUAUAUUCAUUUUAUUGACCCCCACCCCCUCAAAAUUUUUAGGGUGAAGGGGGUUAGGUAGGUUUACUUUAUUUGGGGUGCGGGGUGGCUUGUGGAUCCAUAGUCACCGGUGAGAGGAGGGUGGACAACAUCAUUUUGGGGGGAUGGACGAUGUCAUGUCCAGCCCUCCUUUUAUAUUUAUUUAGCGUACUCACCAAUGGGUGGGGCUAAUAUGGACAUAAAUCCCCCCACCCCUUUUAUUUUAAUUAUACUCCCCACUUGCUGGCGAUGGCGGCAUUAUAUUUAAUUAUUAGCCCCACAGGGGAUGGACAGAUCAUUCUUUAAAUGGAAGCCAAGGGGGGGUGUACAUUAGCGACAUGGCAGCAAUUACUUCUUUUUUUUUUUUUAAGUUUAAUGUGACAGUUGGCUACCUGCCAAUUAAAAGUCAUAUUUUGCUGUCUAAAUAGAAAAAAAAUUCUUAAAGAAUGAAGGAACCAAAAAAAAAAAUUCUUGCUUUGCGCAUCUAGUCCAUACUAACAAUGACAAUAAAAUGUAUGUUUUCUUUAGGCCCAACAAGUUAUUUUUAGCUCCAGGUACAUGAAGGAUGAAAUCCUGCAUUGGCCAUGAAUGACAGAAUUAAUUGCAAAUCUGUCACAUUUUUACAACUUACUGAUGUAUUACAAUAGCAGCCACAAAUGGCAAGCAAUAUGCUUUGACAAUAUCCAAAAAUAAAAUGUGUUCAUGAAUGUUCUCAAAAUAAUAUAAUUUAAUAGUAGCAGCAAUAGAAAAGCCCAUCACAUCAUAUUUAUGAGUAUGUUAUACUUUCUACCUCCCAAAUUCUUUACCAUGAAUCUAAUUUUAUCUUCUUGCCUCUCCCAUUAUAUUUCUUACUAUCUUACUACCUGUAUUGGGAUGAAAGUCAUUUGAUGAUUCUGAACUCCUCUUUCUGGGAAGGACACACACAGCUUGUGAUGCCCUCCAUACUGUUGAGGAGGCUUGCAGACUUUUCCCUGGAUCUACAUCAGUGGAUAUUAUGUUUGGACUCCCAGGUCAAAGCAUGGAAUCCUGGCAAAGCACCUUGAAAACCCUGCUUGCAAUUUGUGAUGAUCAUGUGUCUUUAUACCAACUGACUAUUGAGAGAGGCACUGCACUUUUUAAACAACUACAGAGGGGGCAAUUCUCUCCUCCAGAUGAAGAACUGACUGCCCACAUGUAUAACUUUGCCAGGAGGACUUUGUGUGACGCUAGUUUCCAUCACUAUGAAGUGUCAAACUUUGCCCGGAAUGUAAGUGAAAUUUACACUGAAAUUAAUUUGAGUUAUUGAUAGUUAUGUAAGAUAUGAUGACAUUCUGAUUUAUUCUAUUUUAUUUUUCUUCAAAGGGGGCACUCAGCAGGCACAAUCUGUCCUACUGGCUUGGAAAGCAGUAUAUUGGAAUAGGGCCAGGUAAAGUUGCUUAGAGGUGAAUUACACUGCCAGCAUUAAAAAAAAAAAAAAAUGGCUUCAUUUUCAUCAGAUGUUAACUUACUUAUGAACAUUUUUAUCUCCUGCUCUGUAAAUUAAACUUUCAUCACAAACAGGAGACUCCUGUUGGGUCUGGAAUUACAUCUAUUAACAGAGCAGGAGAUAAAAAACUAAUUCUAAAUAAAAUAGACUGUGCAAAAAAGGACAUUUAAACAUUAGAUGUCUCUUUACAGGAAGUGUUUAGGAAGGCUGUGUAAGUCACAUGCAGGGAGGGGUGACAAGGGCUUCUUAAAUAAAGUGAUUUAACUCCUAAAUGGCACUAAACUGAAUUUUCAUUCAGAAAUUUGUUGAUAUUCAAAUUUCGGUUUGGAAAUAUGUUUAUUUUAACUAAUUACCAAUUUAGGGAGUUAUCUGUAUCCCCAAAACAAAAAAUAGGUUUCCAGUCACCAAAAUUGUUUCCAAAGAGGGUGAACUCCAAUUAGAAGUUGCCAUGUUCUACAGAAACAGGAUACCGUCAUACCAUCUCACUUAUAUCAAAUCUAACUACACAAAACAACAAAACUACUCCACUGAAAUAGAAUGCCAUGGGAAGGAAUCAUAUUGGUUGAAAUAGGGAUAGGAAAACUGCACUCUCUUCAAAACCCAGGUGCUUAGUUGGACCCGAGGUGGCAGGUCCUCAGUUACACAAUGGAUUCAAGCAAAGGAUGGUCCAGACACUAAAGGUUCAAGAUCAGGCAUAUUUAUUGGAGGAAACACUGUAACGUUUCGAUCUCAACCAAUGGUCUUUGUCAAGCUACUAUGCAUAAGCAUAGAAAUAUAUAUAUAUAUAUAUAUAUAUAUAUAUAAAACAAGAGGGGGUUGGCUGCACUCACCUUAACAUGCAUAAAUGGGGGUGCUGCUGGGGGCCAAAUAAUACAAUACACAAGAUCCAGCGCACUCACCUAUCCACUAAACAGCAACUUCAAUGUUGAAAGAUUUUAUUUGUUUUUUUAAAAACACCUAAUCUAGGCAAAAAUAAUGGGGGUUUAGUUACAUUAUAUGAUCAUACAUUGCAUAAGCCUGCCACAACGUCAAUGUACCCCAUCUUUGGCAGGUCCUACACUAACAGCCUAAUGUCUGCUCUUAUGAGAUUAACCUACUUGGGGAAAAAAAUUCCAUCUGGGGCUCUCUGCAGUACAAGGCUAAAUAGGGCCCUGGGAUGAGGCACCUGUGACAGGGAGGGUGCAAAACCAAGGAGUUGGCUAGACUCCCAAAUAUAUAUAUAAAACAAGAGGGGGUUGGCUGCACUCACCUUAACAUGCAUAAAUGGGGGUGCUGCUGGGGGCCAAAUAAUACAAUACACAAGAUCCAGCGCACUCACCUAUCCACUAAACAGCAACUUCAAUGUUGAAAGAUUUUAUUUGUUUUUUUAAAAACACCAAUCUAGGCAAAAAUAAUGGGGUUUAGUUACAUUAUAUGAUCAUACAUUGCAUAAGCCUGCCACAACGUCAAUGUACCCCAUCUUUGGCAGGUCCUACACUAAAAGCCUAAUGUCUGCUCUUAUGAGAUUAACCUACUUGGGGAAAAAAAUUCCAUCUGGGGCUCUCUGCAGUACAAGGCUAAAUAGGGCCCUGGGAUGAGGCACCUGUGACAGGGAGGGGUGCAAAACCAAGGAGUUGGCUAGACUCCCAAAUAUAUAUAUAAAACAAGAGGGGGUUGGCUGCACUCACCUUAACAUGCAUAAAUGGGGGUGCUGCUGGGGCCAAAUAAUACAAAACACAAGAUCCAGCGCACUCACCUAUCCCACCUGUCCACUACUUAGCAGCUUCAAUGAUCUUGUGUAUUGUAUUAUUUGGCCCCCAGCAGCACCCCCAUUUAUGCAUGUUAAGGUGAGUGCAGCCAACCCCCUCUUGUUUUUAUAUAUAUUUGGGAGUCUAGCCAACUCCUUGGUUUUGCACCCCUCCCUGUCACAGGUGCCUCAUCCCAGGGCCCUAUUUAGCCUUGUACUGCAGAGAGCCCCAGAUGGAAUUUUUCCCCAAGUAGGUUAAUCUCAUAAGAGCAGACAUUAGGCUGUUAGUGUAGGACCUGCCAAAGAUGGGGUACAUUGACGUUGUGGCAGGCUUAUGCAAUGUAUGAUCAUAUAAUGUAACUAAACCCCAUUAUUUUUGCCUAGAUUAGGUGUUUUUAAAAAAACAAAUAAAAUCUUUCAACAUUGAAGUUGCUGUUUAGUGGAUAGGUGAGUGCGCUGGAUCUUGUGUAUUGUAUUAUUUGGCCCCCAGCAGCACCCCCAUUUAUGCAUGUUAAGGUGAGUGCAGCCAACCCCCUCUUGUUUUAUAUAUAUUUGGGAGUCUAGCCAACUCCUUGGUUUUGCACCCCUCCCUGUCACAGGUGCCUCAUCCCAGGGCCCUAUUUAGCCUUGUACUGCAGAGAGCCCCAGAUGGAAUUUUUUCCCAAGUAGGUUAAUCUCAUAAGAGCAGACAUUAGGCUGUUAGUGUAGGACCUGCCAAAGAUGGGGUACAUUGACGUUGUGGCAGGCUUAUGCAAUGUAUGAUCAUAUAAUGUAACUAAACCCCCAUUAUUUUUGCCUAGAUUAGGUGUUUUUAAAAAAACAAAUAAAAUCUUUAAACAUUGAAGUUGCUGUUUAGUGGAUAGGUGAGUGCGCUGGAUCUUGUGUAUUGUAUUAUUUGGCCCCCAGCAGCACCCCCAUUUAUGCAUGUUAAGGUGAGUGCAGCCAACCCCCUCUUGUUUUAUAUAUAUUUGGGAGUCUAGCCAACUCCUUGGUUUUGCACCCCUCCCUGUCACAGGUGCCUCAUCCCAGGGCCCUAUUUAGCCUUGUACUGCAGAGAGCCCCAGAUGGAAUUUUUUCCCCAAGUAGGUUAAUCUCAUAAGAGCAGACAUUAGGCUGUUAGUGUAGGACCUGCCAAAGAUGGGGUACAUUGACGUUGUGGCAGGCUUAUGCAAUGUAUGAUCAUAUAAUGUAACUAAACCCCCAUUAUUUUUGCCUAGAUUAGGUGUUUUUAAAAAAACAAAUAAAAUCUUUAAACAUUGAAGUUGCUGUUUAGUGGAUAGGUGAGUGCGCUGGAUCUUGUGUAUUAUAUAUAUAUAUAUAUAUAUAUAUAUAUGAUACAAUUAAAGUUACCAAUUGAAGUGCAAACUUAAAAAUUUACUUAAUUGGCAAUACCAUACAAGGUGCAGGUACACUUGACAAUUUAUGAAGCUAUGUAGUCUGCAAAGGUUUCAGUAUGCAAUGACAUCAGACUCUUCAAUUAACACAGCAUCACCUGAAUAAAGCAUCAAUUACAAUUGAACCAAUAAAAAUAAAUCAAAAUAAUAGGGAUCUGCUUAAUUACCCAAUCUGUCAGGGCCAUUAUGAUAUAUACCAAAAACGGUGAAAAAAAAAAAAAUUGUAGCCACUUCAAAUGCUCCUAAGCACACCAGUGCUGAGUGCCUGAGAGUGCUGUGCCGCUUGAUAUGGGAGCAACCGUGUCAAUGCACCAAACAUCAAUGCACGGCAAAAAACAUCAUGCCACACAACAUCGGCGCAUCCCAAAUGUCAUGGCGUAGGAGCCGCUACAUCAACCGUGUCAAGGCACCUGACGGACAGUCAGAAGGCCCAAUAUAAGGGAAGUAAAUGUCUAAAGAGCCCUAAUCACCUUUCAGACCCAUACGGUGUGAUCACAUGCGAUCACUAUUAUUAGGUUGAGAGGGAAAGGUUUUUUUUAUUAUUAUUAGUAGGUGGUUAGAGGCUUGGGGAUCCCAUAGCUAAGAAAGAUGCGGCUGGCUCUAACAUUUGGAAGGUGGACAGUGGAAUAUCUCCCUCUUUUUGGCAUUAAUACCCUCUCCAACCAUCUCAUGGGUGGUGGGUGGACAGUAGCAUCUCUACCCCUCCCACCCCCCAUUGACUUAAUAACCCCCUGCCAGAGGCCAAUAGGUGGGGGGCAAAGGGGGUGAAAAUGUCAGUGUCGCCCCGGUUAAAUGUUUGAGCUUCAAUCCGUUGCUCAUGGGUGCAGAGGGAUGUCCACGUGUAGGGCAUGAGGUUGACCUGUGCCAGCCCCCUGUAUUUUACAGGCCACAUUUCCGUUGGAUUGGAACUUUAAAAAAAAUGUUUUUGUCAUUUAUAAUUCUUUAUUUUGUUGUGCAGAAAAUUCCAUACAAUUUUGUCAUGCCCCAACAGCAAUUGGCAAAGAGACAAGGUACAUGGUUUACAUGUAGUAAGGCAUUGAUAGAAACUUGUGCACAUUUUGAAGAAGUAUUGACAAGUUAAGGAACAUGCGUAAUAAACAAGGCUUAAUAUAACGGUCUAGAUCUAUAUUGUGGCGUUUGCUGUCAGAAUAUGUAAAUCUAUCUAGACUCUGGGGUGAAUGGUGAGGUAUGUCACAACAGCUCCAUCAAGCAUAGUAAAAUAGGCAGGAUAUAUUAUUAGCCUGGCAUUAAUAAAUAUUGCAUAUUUUUAAAUAGGGGUUACAGGUGGGGAACAGUAUCCUAAUAAUAAAUGUCAGUAGGUAGUUAAACAAGAUUGUGUGGUGGUCAAGCUAUACUAACUGACAUAGUCAUCACUAGUACUGAGUGUUUUAAUACGCAGGAAUGUGCAUGUCUACAGGUUCAUAAGCUUUUUGUAAAACAUAUCCAUUCAGGCAAAGGUAAGCAGCCUUCAUUGCCUCUGCAGUAUUGUCGAUUAUUUCUAAAGUACAUUUAAAACCAAUGCUUGCUAAUACAGAGCAUGACACGUUGUUAUAAAAGAAAAUUAAACACUUAAACACAUAAAAACGAUUGAACAGUUAGGAACAUUCACGCUUUGAGGGUUGUUGUAAAGUUCUCUCCCGCUGUGAAUCUCCGUUAGGGAGGCUGCGUGUUGGUCUGGUCAGCAUCUGUCGUGGCAUAAUGGUCAAUUAAGUGGGCCAGGUAGCGUAAAUAGUCCAGGUGUGGAUCGGUACAAAUCAGUCCGUGAGAGAAGAGCGUGAUGGUAACUGAAAUGUCCAGGCUGCAUAUUAGUGGUCGAUCACCCCAUCCCUUGUCUUGGUACCUGGCUUCUUCGGGGUGUGAGAGUCUCAAUGGCCCUGAUCUUGUCGUGUUGUUUUUCCCAUACUUAAGUCGGGCUCCGGUUCCUGCCGGUCUGGCUGCGUGCAGCUCCUCCGCUGGCGCGGUGCAGUGCCGGAUUGCUCUUGAAGCCUCAUCCUCUGGAGGUGCGAGAUGUGCGCCGGGAGGCUCACCCUUGCUGUUUUCAGCCCGGGGUAGCGGUGCUGAAUUUUAGCAGGUCGGUGAGUGGCAGGCGGCAAGCUUCGCAAUGAGCUGUCGCCCCGUUCCCUCUCCUCUCGUUGCUCUUGCCUGACCCAGAGUUUGCGCCAGAAGUUGGCGAAGAUUUCGUCCAGGCGCUUCAUGGAAGUCGCAAUACUGCCUUCACAUGGCGCGUCCGCCAUUUUGGGACGGCUGAUUGAAAGCCCUCAGCUUACUAGGGCUUCUGCAGGAUUACAUAGGCCCCCUCUUUUCGAUGGACAGUCGAUUAUAUACCGGGAUGUCCCUCACCGGCAGGGGGGGGGAACGGGGAGUCCGAUUGCCUCUUCUCGUCCAGGCAGAGUGUCAGCAAGGAGAACGGCCGUUUCUCACAUGCAGCCUCCACCGAUAUUUUUCGGAGAUGCGUCGAGGUAAAAUCACCAUUCGAUCGGUAAUAUGCCGUAGAUUGUGGCUCAGGGUGUCCUCAGCAGGAUUUGUCAGAUUUGCUUGGUUAUUGAGUCAGUUUAUCAGCUUUUUCUUAUAGUUUAGCCAGGAGCUCACUUCAUGUGCGAUCGCUCAGAAUGGCGGUUAGGCCCCGCACCCUUUAAAAAAUUUUUUAAUUAUAGUGAGCAGUCGUUGGCUGCUCAAUUUUAGUAGAUAUGCCAUGCUGUAGGUAGCGGUAUAAGGCAGGUUUUAUACUCCCUUAUAGAAAUAUGGGAGUCAUUUUUAAAAAAUAUUUUUUUAAUUACUUUUUAACAUAAUGGCUGGUUAGCAUGCGAUGCAACCCAUAGUGACAUUGAAGGUUUGUUUGUUUUUUUUAAUUUAAUUUAAUUUUUUUAAACUAUUUGCUGCUAGAGCUACAGGCUAGCAAAUAGUCAGAUUUAAAAAAAAAAAAAAUAUGGACCCUGAUUUUGAAGAGACACUCCAGAGCCCUAAAGUCUAUGUCCUCUUUUUUUUUCAUUUUAUAAUGUGCAAAUUUCAAGAGAAAUUGACACUUUUAUAAAUCAAUCUUGUUACACCCCCGUGACUUUCAAGAAGAUACUAGGUCCGGUUACUUCCUGGUUGCUUAGCUCAGUGGAGCUAAAUUUAGGAGCAAGGCAAUUGGUAUUGGACGGCCACAGAAAGCAUUAUUUAAGGAGCAAUUAACCUACUAUGCAGACAAAAACAAUACUUUUUUUUCGUUUUUAACUUUCAGCUAGUUAGAAUAUAGCCCACUAAUCUGUUAUCCUGUGUAUAUCACAUACAUUCUAAAUGCAUUGUACAUGCAGCAUACACAUUCAAUACAGAUGCAGCACAUACAUUCUAUAUACAUCUAGCGCAUAUAUACAAAGGGCCAUUACAUGAUAAAUAUGGCAAUUCCAUGUAAGGAUACCACAUUAAGGAGUUCUCUAGUAAACAGCUAAAAUAUCAAAAUUAGGAAAAGCCAUUUCCCUCUAGGCUGGUAAAGAAGGUGAGGGCUUGCAAAGGCAGCAGACAAGAGAACGGUAGCUAUUCCAAGCGGUUUAUAGAUAUAACUCAAAGAAAAAAAACACAUAAUUAAAUGGAUACUUUAUAUUUUUAUUCAGACUAAUUCUACUAAACAAUGAUUUUUUAUUUUCCUUGUAUUUGGGCAGUGGAGUGUCCCUUUAGGUAUUCAGAGCUAGCUUUUAAAAUAAAUCCGGGUCUGGAUUUCUGUUGUCUGGCAACUUUUGGUCCCACUAAAAUCUGGACCAAGUUCAGGCUCAUUUGAAGCUUGCUCUGCAAAAGCCGGACAUUGUUACAUACUAUGAACAAUGUAUUUAUUUUACAGUCUGAAUGAUCCAUACUGCAGCAAAUGGAUUUGCCCCAUUUGGUAUAGGGCUAUUUGGACUUUAGUGCAUAACCCUGAAAGUGUUCUUUUGUUGAAAUGUUUCAAACUAUUCAAAAUUUAAAUAACAAUUGGUGUGCAACAUGUCUUAAAGGGAUACUACAGCUACAGCUUAUUGCAUCUUUUCAGAGAAAAUGCAGUGUUUACAUUACAGCCUAGUGAUAACUCUCCUGGCCACUCCUUAGGCAGUGCUCAACUGCUUCCUUGGGAAGUGCUGCAGAGUACCCUCUGCAUGCGUACACUGAACUUUCCUCAUAGUGAUGCAUUGAUUCAAUUCAUCUCUAUGAUGAGAUACUGAUUGGCCAGGACCGUGUUUGACUUGUGCUGGCUUGAUCUGCCUCCUAGGCAAUCUUAGUCAAUCCAAUGCUUUCCUAUGAGAAAGCAUUGUGAUUGGCUGUGAUCAACACUUCUGAUGAUGUCAGCCAAGCAGGCAGAUCAGGGGUAGAGCCAGCAGCAGCAGCCUGGAAUAAAAGUAAGAUUUUAUUAUAUUUAGGGGGGCUAGAUGGUACUUUUAACACUAAAGGGUCAGUAAUACAUGAGUGUGUUCCUGACCCUAUAGUGUUCCUUUUAAAAUGGUGACAUGAUGCCAAAGUGUUACGGUAUGUAAAAAAGUUAACUUAGUAAAAUGUAGAAUGUGUACAUAGAGCAUCCUCUCGACUGGUGCACACCAAGGUUACAUUAUUCUAGACUUGCAAAUAUGAUGAGAUAGGCUUCACUCAAAUUCCAGUGAUAUCAGUGCUUUGUUUAGACAUCUGAUGAAGCCAAAGCCAUCUAUACAAGAUCUGCACUUCUGUCUUAAUCAUGUAUUUUGUAAUCAUGUAUACGUGCAGAAAUGCCAAGGCUUUGGCUUUAUCCCAUGUCUAAAUAAAGCAUUUAUGGCAUUGCAUUUGAUGUCAAGCUUAUCUCAUUAUAUUCCUAUGCCCAAUAUAUUCUAUUCUAUUUAUUUAUUACAGUUGUUUUUGGUUAUUCUAGGAGCACAUGGUAGAUUUGUGGCACGAGCCACUGGAGGGACACAGAGAGAAGCUCGCAUACAGACUCUAGAACCUGAUCCAUGGAUGAGAGAGGUCAUUCAACAUGGACAUGGAACACGGAAAGUCGUUGAGCAGAAUGAUCUGGAGAUGUUAGUAUAUACCAAUUAAAAAGAAUUUCAAGAAUUUAUUUAGAAUAUGUGCACUCAUUCCACAGAAUGAGAAACUGCUUAGUACACUUGUAUAUCUAGUGAUAAAAGCAGGUGAGAUUAUGAAUUUUGUAUAUAUCUUAGCACUUAUUUCUCAUCUCUUAUUCUUCACAGCUUAUCAGAGAUGCUGGUCUUUGGACUACGAACAGACACUGGGAUUACUCAUGAGGUGAGAACUUUGGGUGACUGACUGACUUUCAGGGCUAUUCACUAAGGUGAGAAUUUUUCCAAUUCUGCAAUUUUGGUCUUAAAUUUGUUAAUCACUUUAAAUUCACUAUGGGGAUAAGUAGUCGCAGACCUGUCAGAGUGAUGAUGACCCCUGUCCACUGCACCUUCAAUGGGGACAAAUCAGGUGGAUGGCCAGGUGCAUGUGCGUCAUUACCUAAGGAAGAGAAGGCAGCAGAAUGCACUAUGGGAAGAAGGCAGACUCGCUGAGGUAGAGUUAUGUUCUGGGCAAUGUUAUGCUGGGAAAUAUUGGUUCCUGGCAUUCAUGUGGAUAUUACAUAUAAAACACAAUAAAAUAAGCAAUGUAAACUUACACAGAAUCCAGUGUCGCAGUAUUUUGGAGUUUGCCCCCACCCUUCCGACAAUUACCUAAUUAAACUUAAAAGUCCCCUCUGUCAGUUGGGGCCACAAUUAUUUGCCCCACACUGACAGAAGAUCUAUCUGUGGGUCUCUAUGUGAGCGCGGCAAAUAGCCCUUUAAAAUAUAUUAGCUUACAGUGGCUGUGAUUUUAAAUUGACCCCAGUAUUACGGAGACCCCCAAGGUCUAAGAAGAUUCUCUUGAGUUCACCCUUCUUACCACCUGCUUAGUGAUCAGUGCUGGGGGCACCAUGAGCAUAGGUUGGGGGACUUUAAAUCUAAUUUUAGCACAGAUGCCGUUAGAAGAUAAUAGUGCGCUGAUUUUUUUAUUUUUUUUUAAUUUCUUGUCUGACAGGCUAUUUGAUAUGAAAUGUAUUUCUGUGCCACUGAAUGUACUUUGAAGAUUGCAAACUUCUUCCCUCAGUAAUAUACACAUGGUGUGUGACUGCAGUUUACUGCUCAAGUGAACCCUGCCAGAACUGAGUGAGGUAGUAGUAGUGUUGCAGGCAGAGCACAGCAUCCGUGAAGUUGAAGAAUCAGUUUGCAAAUCCUUUUUUUUUUUUAAAUUGUACAAGUGUCAAACAAAACAACAUUACAGUAAUAGUUCACCAAGUAUCAACCAAUUUUUCAACAUACACAUAAGGCAGGGUGAAACCAUUACAAUGACAGACAUUUUUUAAAAAGUUGGAUCACUGUACCUCCUCCAUGUCUACCUUUACGCAUGUUGAGGAUAGUGCCAGUUGUCAACAGAGGCAGGUUUGACAAGUAGAGUUGUACUCCUCAUCAUCCCUGGUAAGUAUCCACAAGCCCACACUUUUUGUUGUAUUUCAUUCCAAGGCCAUGUCAAAAUAGCACGUUAAUAAUUUCACCCACUUGAUUAUGCAGAUUUAUGGACUGCUCCCACUGGCCAUCAUGCUUUCUUUCCUUGAUGGCACAGUGAUGGCAGCCCAAGAUGCCUGGAAUUGGUGGUGGUAGUGGAGGAGGUCCAACCCUUUGCAACUCAUACUUGGCAUUGCAUGAGAAUUGCUGGGCAUUUGCUCCAUAAUGUGUGGGCUUGCCAACUCUUGAGGCAGAAGCAAGAGAAAAGAGGGCUUCUCACACACCUACGACAAGAUGUCAGCACACAGAAUCAUGAAGGGAUGAUUAUUAGGAACUUAAAAUAAUUCAGUUUCCCCAUUUUUCAUAGUACAAUAUAGCAAAAGGAAAAAACUUUACAAUUGAUCAUUAUAACAUUUCCAAUUUAUUUUUUAAACCCAGAUAUACAAUAGCCUAAUUUAGGCAACUCAGAAUUGCAAAAAUGCCUUAUAGUGCAUAGCCACUAGGCCAAGAAAAAUUGUAGUUUUUUUUGCAUGUCACCACGGUCAUAGGCAGCAUUUUUUUCAGUAAGACUUUUGACACUGUUGCACAUAGAAGGCUUAUCAGUAAACUGCAAUAUUUAAAUUGGGAUUACAAUAUUGUUGUAUGGGUUUGGCAGUGGCUGAGUGGCAACAGAGAGUUGUAGUCAACGUUAAUCAAAGCAAGGUCUAGUUAACAGUGGGGUACCUCCGGGAUCUAUACUUGGACCCAUUCUCUUUAAUAUUGUUAUUAGUGAUAUUGAGCUGUGGCAACUGACAUUUAAUGUGGAUAAGUGCAAGAUAAUGCAUUUUGGGCAUAAAAACCCAAGGGCAGAGUGUAGAAUAUUUGAUACAGUCCUAAUCUCAACAUCUGAGGAAAGGGAUCUAAGGGUAAUUAUUUCAGAUGAUUUAAAAGUAGGGAGACCAUGGAGCAGCAGGAAAUGCUAGCAGAAUGCUUGGUUGUAUAGAGAUAGCUAUUAGCAGUAGAAAGAGGGAAGGGCUCAUGCAGUGGUGGAACUACCACAGUCCCAGGUGUCGCACCCGCGACUGGGCCCAUCACUCCAGGGGGCCCGGCCGCCCUGCUGACCCCUGCAACCGUGGCCCGCCGAGAGAGGAACUGUGACAGUGGGCCCACUUAGGGCAUACCCGAAUCACUGUAUGGACAGUGAGGCAGAGUAGGCACCUGCUUACCUUGAUGGCAGGUGCCUACUCUGCCGAUUAUAUAAUGAGGGGAGGACAGGAGGCAGGCCGCAUUCGGCAGCAUCAAGAGAUCACUGAUCGGACAGUUCCUUUCUCCUCCCUUGAUUUCCCUCUGUGAUGCCGGGAGCCGGAAUAUAAUGUCAUUCCGGCCCCGGCACACUAAGCAGCGCGCAGAAGGAGAAAGAAACUCACAGCACAGCCCAAUGGAGAGGACCCAGACCAGCUCUCCCAAAGGUAAGGAGGCUGGAUGGGCCUCAAAAAUGUAAAAUUUAUUUGUAAGUGUGUGUGUGUGUGUGUGUGCGCGCGCGCGUGUGUCUGUCAGCGUGUGUGUGGCUAUUAGUGUGUGUAUGGUUCUGUGUCUGUCUGCCUGUCAGUGUAUGUGUGGCUAUUAGUGUGUCUCUAUGUCUUUCUGACAGUGUGUGUGUGUCUGUCAGUGUGUGUAUGUAUGUGUGUCUGUCACAUGUGGGUGGGAGAGGCACAUGGAGGGUAUGGAGGGGUGGGUGAGACACAUGGAGGGGUUGUGGGGUGGCAAAGAGACAUAGGACAGGUGGGAGAGACACAUGGAGGGACUGGGGGUUGAAGGGACUGGUGGGGGAGAAUGAGACACGUAGAUACAGAUACAGAUCUUCUGGGCAUCCACAUGGUGGACACUUUUUUGAUAUGUUGAGGAGUCCAACUCUUCUUGUCAAACCUGCCUCUGUUCAUAACUGGUACUACCCUCUACAUCAAGUAUUCUUAAUGUUUAUUCUGGUUUUUGACUCUGCUUGUUUUCUGACUACUCUAACCUCUGUUAUCUUUGACCUGGCUAUUGUCUCUCUUCCUCCUGUCUUCUGGUUCCCUUGAUUUUUGGCUUAUUCCUGACUAUUCUGUUUCAGCCACGUUAAGCCCGAUUACUCUAAGGUCCAGUAAUAUGUUCAAUUUGAUUCACUUUGCAGGUUGGGGUUUUAACCGUGACACACAGAUAUGCAGAGACACUGACACAAGUACACAUACAUACAGCUAUAAGUAACAAUUAACAUAGGUUUAGCCACCCUCUUUCCUAACAUUUGGGUGCAGGAAGGUAGCUUCCCUGGGGUCCAGUAGAGCUGGCUGAUGAGAGACUAAGGUUCUAGGCUUCCCUCCCCUCUCCUGUUUGUUUGUGCCUGCUCCUGCCUCCCCACGUGGCUCUAAGCAAGCUGGAGGAGAUUAACCUGAACUCGCUUCCUCCAGCAAGCCAUAGGUGAAACAAGCCCUAUGACAGUGGCCUAAACAAUGUGCACUGUUAAAGGGCCAUUAAAAUUUGUGGGCUUUUUGAACCAUAUGUUUGACAGCCCUGAUUUAAGGGGUUAAUUAAUAUAAUUAACCAUAAAGCUUUUUCUUCAUAAUAGAUAUAUAUAAAUGUAGCGUUACGUUAAAAUGAAAAUUCUAAUACUGAUUUACUUUAUUCCUAAUCCUUUAGCAGAAAGACAUUCAAUUUCUCUCAUAUUGUCACACUUCUGGCUUUCUAUGAUAUUGUUUUUCUGUAAAAUAGAUUGGAUCAGUUCAGGCUGUAAGAAUAUGUUUUGCUGUUACUUCAAAUCUUUUUUUUUUAUUUCUAAGGCCUGGCAACAACUCUCUCCGUCCAUCAGCUUGAAGCAUUUUUUUGAUGCAUCACAUGAAUUAAAGAUGCUUCAGAAGCUGGAGCUGGUAUUACUGGAUGAAAGGUAAGACCUGAAUGUAAAAGGGAAGGAAUUAGAUAGAAUUGCUAAUCAUUUUGGUAUUUGUCAAAUAUUGAAUUCUCUGGUGAAACACUACACCAUCAGAGAUUUUAAAGUGGCUUGGUUAUUGUCUGAGGCUUUGCCUAAUUUGCAAAUACCCUCGACAGUGCAUCUGGGGUCAUGUGGCCAUAAGGGGCAGGGAAAGGUGAGAUUUACUUACCUGAACCUGUCUCUUGCGGGCAAAUCCAUCAUCUUCCUGAACCCUCUUAAUUGAGAUCUGUGGAGGGCGGGAUUAUCCAUAGUAUGAGCUUUAUUUCCUUACAGCCAUAACCGGUGACGGCUGGGGGAAAAGACAAGCUUGACAGUGGUAGCUCCGUCUUUUUGUCAAGUGUAGGAAAAAUACUGGGACUAAGUAGUCCCUACUUUGCCUCAGUUUAUCUUUUUUUUUUUUUUUUUUUUAUAAUUUAUUUUUGAAGCGCAUUGUCAGAUACAUUGUGAGGAUAUGACAUUUAACAGGUUACAUGAGUUAAUACGGUGACAUAGUGGUAAAGGUGAUUUGUUGUGCUUUUUUUGUUUUUUUUUGUUUAUGCAAAAGAAAUUAAACCGGCUUAUCAGAGAAGUUGUCAAGGCAUUCAAACAAGUGUUAGGCAAAACAGGGUAGCAUAGACAUGGGUUAGCCUAAUAGAUUUCACGAGAGAUGUGUACAGUUAGUGUGGUGACCUGCGUGGCUAGUCAGACAUGGCUAUGUGAGACCGUAGUAGUUAAGUGGACAUGCUAAGAUUCCUCUGGUUGACACUCGCUGUGUAGAUGAUAUUAGGGGAACUGGGUUAAACUCCCUGGGAUUAUCAAGUGUCAUGUGAUGCCACUUUCUGGGUUUGUGACCGACUAGCCAGGUUGGACAGGUCCGACAUAGAUUAAGUGUAGGUACGUACUAACGUGUAAUUACAUGGCAUGGUUUAACCACCAAGGGACCUUGGGGCACUGGGCUUGCCAGGGAGGGUAUAUGUGCAGGCUUAAGAGGCCUAGGCGCUGUCAGUGGGGAGCUGCAGAGUUAACAUCUACUGUAUUAAACACAGAAUGAAGUUAUUAAUGAGAUAAUAAAGAAUAUACAGUAGUUGGGUGCAAAUGUGGUAGGCAUCCGCCUAGUCGCUCCUGUGGCUGUGCUGGAUCGGCUGGUGUCUUAGCUGGGAUCGGGUCUGGUGUUGCUCAUGUUAUGGAUGUGUCCGGUCCUGUGUGACUGCUGGCACCAACCCCAGGCAGAGAGUAGAGCCCGCGCCCCAUGUCCAGCCUCAGUUUAUCUUUUAACUAGUUUGGAACUUCAGUAGCAUUCCAACAUAGUUGGAGGGCCUGGUUGCCAUAAGCAGCAGGGAAAAGUGAGAUUUACUUACCUGAAUCUGUCUCUCACGGGCACUGCCAUCCUCUUCCUUGAUGAGGAUCCUACAAGAUCGUUUGUGACGGUAGUCACCAUCACCAAGAGCUUAAAAUAGACAAUUCAAUUAGGUAUCUGGAUGAUUCCUAUGUUAAAGUCACCCUGUGUCCAUUGUGGGUUCAAGACAUUUUAGUGUAUAAAUCAAGCUCCCUUCCUAGUGCUUUUAGUUCAAUAACCCUCACCCGAUGCCCAGGGCUAGAAUCAGGGGGGUAGACCGUGAUCUGUCCACCUUUCUAUUAACUUUUAAUCCUUCACCCGAAUCCCAUGAUUGGGGAAAAGGGGAGGUCCCCACUUACUUUGUAGGCCCCAUCAUAUGUCUUAAAUGGCUGCCCAGUCGCUAUUUUAUAGUUACAAUAAGCAGCCACUGAAUUUAAAAUCUUCCAUAUAGGCCUACUUUUAUUAUAAUUUUUUUUCUUACUUUUUUAAUGUGGUACGCUACAUUAAUGUAGUGGCUAGCAAGUGCCACCCAGGUAUUUUUAACAGUAUUUUUUUUUUUUACUUUUUCUACUUUUAAAACCCGGGUCUGGAUUUUAAAGUAUUUGUGCCCUGAUUUAACAAUCCAGGUCUGAAUUUCAGCUUUGUGGCAGCGUUCGGUCCAACUAAAAUAUGGACCAAAUUCUGGCUCACUCGGAGCCCUCUCUGCAAAAUCCAAAAUUUGUUACAUAGAGUGAACACUCUGAAUGGCUCCUUAUGGUUGCUCCAUUUGGUACAGAGGCUAUUUGGACAUUUGUUAAUAACCCAGAGUUUGUCUACUUUAUAAGUUCUUAUUUCUUGCUCUUUUACUUUAAAGGUAACUUUAAUGGUAGCAGGAGUACCCUGGCGCCCCUCAUUGCAAGAAUUCAAACUGUUUUAGAACAGUUUAACUUCUUACCUAGGGUCCACCGGGUGCCACUCCUCUUCUACAGCUGAAAUUCCUGCUUGUGAACUUCAAUUAGCCCUCCUGAGCUUUGCCCUGCACAAAGAUAGAUAUUACAUGUAAUGACAAGGGAUAUAAUGAAUAAUAUUAAAAUACUUUUUUUAUGAUAACUUAAAUAGAUGAUCCAAACCCUGUCCCCCCUUCCCCCCUCCCCACCCCUGCACCUUGUUAGCUGCUGAGUUUUUUUUAUUUGUGUUACUAAGAUUUAAGUUUAUUUGCUCAUUUAUACAUAAGGAAAGGUAGGAACUACUUUUCCCUAUGUAUAACCUGCUGAUAGACAAAAGUUGACAAACGGUGGAGCUUUAGUCCGGCUCCAUGGCCUGACUACUUUGUCAACUUUGUCUUGGGCUGUCUUUGUUUAUACUCAUCUCCCUCCAGAGUCCUUAAUGUUGACUCUCAAGCAAUCACUAAAGUCAACUGAGAUCUGGGUAAACACUGGCCAUGCGCGAUUUCACACACACGAGAUAGGAUUUCCGUGCGCCACCAUCUUAGAAACUAAGAUGGCGGUGCCAAAAAAGAAAAACCUGUUGGGGUCAGAACAAAGUCAAAAAAGGUAAAUUGCACAGGUCCUGAGGCCAGAAACAUUAGACAGUACACCACAUUAUGUGUAAAUAAAAAUCUCUCUCUGAAGAUUCAAACAAAAGAUUAUUGGGAAUGCCAGUAUAAAUAUUCGCAAUUUACACUUGUACAUUAUUUAAUUAUGUAGACGCUGAGUGACUUAGAAACCUGAUAUUGACAUAGAAAAUACUUUGUUUUCAGCUUUUGCUCACUUCUGACAAAAGUGGUUUCCAAUUCAGUCGUCAAUGUGCAUCAACAGUCCUAGUGAUAUCAGUAUUCCCCAUUGGAACAGCAUUAUUCAAUGUCUAAAUCCUGGUCUGAACAACUGGCCUAGAGAUCAUGGGCCAUGUUAGUACCUACCUAAAAAACUUCCGUGCAUAAGUUUUGUAUGUAAGAAAAAAGACCGGGCAGAGUCAGGGUUGCCAUAAGAAAUCUUAGAAGACUUGUCUCACUGAAACAGGCUCCCAGAUACACACACUUCCACACACAGGGACAUGGCGGGAGGAAGAGGGUGACCUUUUUGGGGGAUAAGCAGGGCUAUCGUGAUAAUGUUAUCUAUACUUGGAACAGGAAUAUCAUUUUAAAUCCUCUUUGAGUCUUAUCUCUUUACAUAGUUUUUUUUUAAAUUGACACAUGGAAGAGAUUGGGGUAUUGGUAAUGAGAUCCAUGAUAGGGACUGGGUGGUGAUAUUUACACAUAGAGGGACUCGAGGGGAAUUGAGAUAAAUGGAAGGGGUGAAUUAGACACAUGGAGGGGCUUUGGGGGGGGGAUGAGACACAUGAAAGGGCUGGGCAAGGAUAACUUUAAAUUUUAAAUAUAGAGAGGCGGAGCCUAGCUACCAAAGCGAACGGUCGCAAGCUCCGGACAGAAAUCGUAUAAAACUCGUUCUUCACGGGCUCUUACCUGCUGUACCGAGCUCCCAGACAUUAUACCUGCACAUUUAACUAUCACUGGACGCAAAACUAAAAAACCCAACCUGGGGAUGAACAUCGGCGAAAUAUGGCGCCAAGCACAUGGCCGCGUUGUCAGACGGCUCUUCUGAUUUCCUGGCCUCGGAAGGGGAAGAGACUCUCUCACACACACCGCGAAACCCCCGCCAAAACAGACAGAACUGGACACAUCCCCGGUCACAAUCUCGGUCCUGAAGGGGCUCCUUGCGGAACUACAGACCACCCUACAUGCCGACAUUGCCACGAUACGAGAGGGUCUGCAGGGCCUGACAGGCCGCAUUGGAACACUAGAAGAAACUACUCACCAGGAUUCCCAGCGGGUACAGGUGCUGGAACAGGUGGUACUACUUCGAAAAUAUGGCACUAGAUUUCUACAGCGACCUAUCCGGCAGCACAAUGGCCUGGCGGUGGUCACUCAAGCCUGUUACCUCACUAUUCCAACAGCGCAACAUUGGAUACCGCUGGCACUUGCCCCGCACGCUCCAAGUGACACAUGGAGAAACUACUUACCCUCUCCAUAACCUACGAGAUGCAGCCACACUCUUAAGGGAUUUAGGAUUACUGCAAGACUAUCUACUAAAGCCACAGCCGCAACUCACUAACAGGCCCUUGCACAACUGGGACCCAAGCAAGGUCACUCCGUUCACACCACGACGACCCACAGCGGAACCGUAUGCUACUGCAACCACGUGAAGCCCCGUGAGGCUCUCUGACCGGGACUGAUUAUGAUUGGGACAGUUCCCUUAUUACUAAUAUUUCCUAAGACACAUCAUAAUUGGCACUCGAUGUCUAUUAACGGGUAUAGUCCCCAUACUGUCAUAACCCCCCUCGUCUCCACUGAGCUGUAGUUGUCAUGGUGCCAGACAUGCCCUGGAGCCUUCCCUCCUGUGUAAAUAGUUAAACCAUGUUAGAACAAUUUGACUUCUUAUCUGUGGUUUGUCAUGCGCUUCUCCUCUCCGUCACCACAUUCUACAGAGAGCAAGAAGCUCUCUAUCUCAGCUAAGCCCAGUGGUGCAACCGUGCAGGGCUUCGCUAAUUGGCCGCGAGUGAUGACUUCAGAAGACAAAAUGGAAGCUAGGAGCUUCUUGUUCUUUUUUGGCUGUUAUGGAGAGCAAUGGCCAUCAGAUACUCUGUAACCUGUCAAACUGUUCUAAAAUGGUUUGUAAUGGGGACAGAGGGUGCCAAGGCACUUCUGGCACCAUAACUAAUACAGGAUGCUGUUGUGGUUAUGUUAUUUAUAGUGUUGCUUUAAUUUUCUAACAAUUUACAGGUUUAUUAUAGUGGAUUGUGCUAUACACAUGGUAAACCUAGACAUGACCAUAAAACAAAAAUCUGAAAAAAAUAGUAUAUUGAAAACCAAAUUGCAAAAUGUGCCAAUUCAGAAAGAUUCACCAUCUUUGCUAUAGUCAUAGGUUGCAUAUUGUAUCCUUUAUUUCUGCAUUCAGAUUCCAGUUCCCUACAAUGCAUAGUUUAGUGAACAAACCCCUGCUGUGAAUAACUAUAUGUUCACCUAGAUUCAUGUCCCUUUCUUAUAUGCAUGUUUUUCUCCCCUAGUGGCCUGCGAUGCUCCUGGAAGGGGCUUGCUGUUUUGGACAGUCUUCUAGUGCCCCUCCUUUCCCAAUUGCAGUACGCCUGGAAUCAGAUGGAAAAAGAAGGGUCACCUAAGGACACCACAUAA